UGUAUAUUUUGAGUCGGCUAGAGAGAUAGAGGCACGAGACGAGAUCGGAAGCUUACCUCGUGAGGGGAGUCGACCAAUUCUCCAUCCUCUACUUUCUUUUUGGAUAUUUUCCUUUUCCCUACUACUCCUCCGACUUCUGAUCGAACACGAAUACCACAACCCGCAACGCUUGGAGGAUGCAUGUGUCAAAGCAUCUCUUAAUCUUCCCGUUAUAGAACUGGAAUAAUGCGAGUUGCGAUACGGGAGCAGUUAGCGGCACUUGUGCUGCUCGCUGUACUCGUCGCUCUCGCUAUUGUUUCUAUACCUACAUGGAUCUUUGUGAAUCGCUUCGUCGUAGGAGUUGAGACCAGUGGUCUUUCUUUAACCGCGUCUCUUAAGGCGGCCCAAGUCGCUUCCGAGAUUGAACUGAUUCAGACAACAUGCAACCAUAUAGCCACGAGAUUACUCCUCCAGGACGUUCUUCUAGCCUUUUACCGCGGCAAUGCUUCCCAGAAUCUUUGGGAUCAGGCUACUCUCGAUAUUCAAAGCGCUCUCAUCUCUCGCACGGGCAUCUCUGCCAAUCUCCUACAAGCAAGACUCUAUUCGCGAAAUGAAACUGGCGAUCAACAACAAGGACUUCUUAGCAUCACUGGAGCUAAUAUCUCCGAAGUCAGACUACCGUACGAGGCGUCCGACGGAUCUCAAGCCGUCUUAGGCGAUAGCGCUUCGGGCUUUCCUCCCAUGUUGUAUCCAAACAUAACCUAUUACAAUUCCACGGACCCUGAUCCAGCCUAUCCAGGCCAUACAGCUGUCGUAGCCAGGCCUUUUCCGGAUAUUCGUAUCGACUCAAGUGUGGAUGGGAUGGUGUUGGGACCACUAGUUAUUAACGAAACAUACGCCCUACUCUCACUAACAAUCCCCAUUCGCGAUAAUCAAGACGACGACAUAAUACUUGGGUAUAUGACGACCGUUGCCGAAGCCACGUCGCUCAUUACCAUUGCUAGUUCGAAAGAAGGUUUAGGCGAUACUGGUUCCGUUUUGAUUAUUGGCCCUUCAACCGGAUGGAAUCGAUUUAGCAAAUUUAACUUGCCCGCAAACGCUAGUCACGAUGCGGCAUCCAACUUUUCGAAUGUCGAUGUCAAUUUCGUUCUACCACCGCGACCGAUGAAAGGUCAAACCGAUCGACAUACCUUGCAUAAUUAUGCUUCUGGCAAUUACGACCAACCAUUCAAAAUCUCCCAAUAUGAUGCAGCAUAUAAAGCUUUCACCAACCGAAAUCGCGCAGUCAACAACGCUAGUAGCUUGCUUUCAACGAAAAACGAGCAGGGCAUUGAUGUGGCAGUUGGAUUUGCUCGACCGCAAACCACUUUGGUAAAUUGGACGCUCAUUGUGGAACAGGACAAGUCCGAAGCGUAUAUCCCGAUUGACACACUUCAGCAUAUACUCCUUGCGUGUGUAUUCGGAACGGUUGGACUUACACUCCUCUUGGUAAUCCCAUGCGCCCAUCUAAGCGUUUUGCCUAUUCGGAGAUUAAAGGCUGCGACCGAGAAAUCCAUUGCUCCACCUGGUUACGAUGAUUAUCUGGACGAUCUCGACUACGAUGAAGAUGACGAGGAGCGACAAGGAUCAGGCGGUGGGAGUCGAAAAUCGGGUAAUGGGACUAUUAUUCGACUAAGAAGAUUCAUUCGGAGACAUACGCGAUCAAUGAUCUCCCCGUCCGUUCACGACAGCGAACCCAGAAGGCGGAUUUUUAAGAUUCCUGGAAAAGUCAACGAUCGCAAGCAUUAUGUCACAGACGAACUUACGGAAUUAACCACAACUUUUAACGAGAUGAGCGAGGAACUUUUAAGACAAUAUACUUCUUUGGAAGACAAAGUUGCCGAACGAACACGAGAACUUGAAAUUAGUAAAAAGGCAGCCGAGGCCGCCAAUGAGAGCAAGACUUUGUUCAUCGCCAAUAUUUCCCACGAACUUAAAACGCCUCUGAACGGUAUUCUGGGUAUGUGCGCGGUUUGCAUGGAAGAAGAUGACUUGUUGCGGAUUAAGCAAUCUCUGAAAACGUUAUACAAGUCUGGUGACUUAUUGUUACACCUUCUUGAGGACCUGCUGAGUUUCUCAAAGAACCAAAUUGGCCAGCAAUUGAGUCUGGAAGAAAGAGAAUUCCGACUAGGAGACAUCCGAUCGCAAGUUGCAACGAUUUUCGACAAGCAAGUUCGUGAAGGCGCAAUUGACUUUUCAGUUGCUUUCCUGGGUACCGAACCCGAUAUGAGCCCUAGUCCCGAUCGAGUGGAAUUGGAUCAGAGACUUCCAGCAAUCGGCCCCUUGGGGACCGGUAGGCUAAAGGAUAUGUGUCUAUGGGGUGACCAGCAUCGAAUUUUGCAAGUGCUCAUCAAUCUUGUGAGCAACAGUCUUAAAUUCACGCCGCCGGGAGGAAAAGUUUCUGUCCGGAUAAGGUGUCUACGAGAAAUCGAAGCGCCUUUCGACGUUAGUAGAAGUUCAUCCUUAUCCAAAACUGGAUCCAGUCGUCCAGGCAGGAGUAGACACAGGAUGGGCUCAGGAUCAAAUAAGUCUAAGAGCUCAAAUGAGAUCUCGACCUCUCAGACCCAAUUUAAAGGGACUGGCACAGCGCUGUCGAUUAAUCCUUUAGACCCUAAAGUUGCGCCCCACGUACGCAUACGUGAGAGGUCGCCAACGCCGCCUCCGCCCAGCGCGAAAUCAUUUCUUUUCGAAUUCGAAGUAGAGGAUACCGGACCAGGUAUUCCCGACCAUAUGCAGCAACGGGUUUUCGAACCAUUCGUCCAGGGAGAUCUUGGCCUCAGUAAAAAGUUCGGAGGAACUGGUCUGGGCUUGAGUAUCUGUCAACAGUUGGCAAACCUCAUGGGAGGAAGUAUUACGCUUAAGAGUGCUGUUGGUGUUGGUACAACUUUUACUAUGCAAAUUCCUCUGAAGUAUACCAAGGAUAGGGCUUCGAGUACAGCUUCAAGCAGUGUUAAUUCACGACCACCAAGUAUAAGCAGCUCAGCGGACGGCGAUGCGCGAAAGAAUUCUCUUACAUUAACACAGACCACGGCGGGUGCUAAAGCCAACGUGCUUGAUCAGCAGCCACGCCUGGUUGGGUUGAGCCAGCCUUUCUUCGCUACGAAUCCCGGUACAAAGAUAGAACCAUCCCCAGAUGAUCGAAUGAAAGCCAUAGAGAUGGCCAAAGAAAGCAAAGGCGACGGAAAGCUUCGAGUUCUCGUUGCUGAGGAUAAUCCCACCAAUAUCGAAGUUGUCAGCAGGAUGUUAAAAUUGGAAGACGUAUACGACGUAACCAUCGCGAAAGAUGGACAAGAAGCAUACGAACUUGUCAAGGUGAAUAUGGAGAACAACCUCUACUUCGACUUGAUCUUCAUGGACAUCCAAAUGCCCAAUCUCGAUGGCCUUCAGAGCACUCGUCUCAUCCGAAAGAUGGGGUAUUCAGCACCGAUUGUCGCCUUAACAGCGUUUUCGGAGGAGAGCAAUAUUAAAGACUGCAUGGAAUCUGGAAUGAACGAGUUCUUAAGCAAGCCUAUUCGCCGGCCAGCACUCAAGCAGGUUCUUAAGAAGUUCGCCACGAUCCCCGAAGAACCGGAGACAGCGUCUCAAUUAACACGAAAAAGUACACCCGAGAAAGGCGAGCGUCCCAUUGUAGGCCACUCACCGAAUGGGGACACCACCUCUCGACCAGCAAUCAUAAAAUCCGACUCCAAGGACCAUUCAAUUGUGAAUGGAACACAUCCAACUGCGGAUAUAACGUGCUAACGUUAUUUUAAAAUAUCACUAUCAUAUACGUCCACAUCGAUACUUACUAUAUACACCGACGAGUCACAAUAUUCCUAACAUUAUCAUCGAUACCUAUCCACCUAUAUAAUCUUGCAUUUUUUUAUUAGCGGAUUUUAUUGUCAUAUUACAUGUUAUUCAUAUACUAGUUGUGGACGAGUUACAAUUACCUCCACUGCAUUCUUACUA